UGUCCUACAUCUUCGAAAGAUAUGUUGCAAUAAAAUCAUUUAUGAUUAAAGAUUUCGAUUCAGUAUUAUUUUUCUAUGGUAUUAUUCAGUAAAAUUCGCCUCCGUAUCAUUGAAUAUAUCAGUUUUCACUAAUUCACUUUUCCAAGUAAAACUUAUUUAUUCAAGUGCUCAAUUCACCAAAUAUAUUGUAAAUUUUUACUCACAUAAUGGCUCUAUAUUUAAGAAGUGUACACAGACUAUGCACAGCUAGACAAACAAUGUCAUUCCAAACUCCGACAAUACACCGUAUGAUUUCCAUGAAAGUAAAAACUGUUCAAGAAGUCGAGGCAAUAUUAGAAGAGACCCAUGAUAAUAAAAAUGCCCGCCUCAAUAGACCUAUGUCUCCUCACUUGACUAUUUAUCAGCCUCAACUAACAACCAUAUUAUCUAUUACACAUCGUGCAACUGGAGUGGCGUUGAGUGGCGUUACAGCUGGGUUUGGAGCAUUAUUCCUUAUCACGGAUUUGCCGUCAUUUGUACAAUUUGUACAUGGGUUGGAACUACCGUCGGCCGCUAUUGUGUCAGCUAAAGGAUUAGUCGCUUUCCCGUUUUUCUAUCAUUUUUGCAAUGGUGUUAGACACUUGGUGUGGGAUGCUGGUAAAUGUUUGACCAUCAAACAAGUUUAUUCAACUGGAUACGGUGUGAUUGCUGGUAGCAUACUUUUAACGGUAUUGGCUUUAGCUUAUAGUACUUAAAUGAUAAAAACAAAUAAUUGUUCAGUUUCUUAUUCUAUUAUACAAAAUGAUUCAUUUCAAAUAAAACAUGUUUAUUAAAAUCAAUGGUAUUGUACAUCUUGUGUUGUAAUAUUGUAGUAUUCUCAUUAUUUAUUUGUCAGAUAGAAUAACAAGUUGUGUAAGUAAUAUAAUAGUUACAUUAUAUUAUUGUUAUGUAUGUAAUGUGUAACAUAUUUUUUAAAGGAUUACAAAAAUAAUUAUG